AUGGUAAAGCUCACUGACGAUGCCGACUACGAUGCCGGCGAAACGUCUGGGAAUGUACCAACUCCGCGGUCCGACUCUGGAAGUGAUGAUGCUUAUUAUAGCCUCGGGACAAGGUGA